AUGUUAAAGUUUUAUUGUUUUUUCAGCAUAGUCAUUGCAUUAGGAGCUAUUUACAAUUCUUUUAGUGUACAUAAGCAAUUUUACCCAUCGGUUUUAUAUCUAAGCACUAAUAAGAUAAAUAGAUCUAUACUUGUGAAUUUUAUUAUAAUGAUUGUUUCCACGUUGAUAAUGACUUUUAUAAGAGUUAUGUUUGGAGAAUUAAAGGAAAUAGAAAAGAUCGUAUAAAUUUGUAUUAACUAUUGAAUAGUCUGUGAUAGAUAAAACAAAGAAGAAAAUUUUAGAAGUAGCAUACUUAUUAUUCUUUUUUUAUUAUUCAUUGGAUUGGUAGUUCAUAUGUAAAAUAUGUAUAAAUAAUUUAGUUUUGAUCCUUUGGUUAAUGGCAUUAUCAGUAAUUCAUUGGAUUGCAAUAAAAAGAGCUGGGUUCCUGAUUGCGGAAUCGUAAAUUAAUUUUAGAGACAAUGUCAAACUAUUAUUAACAUUCAUCUUGCUGUUUUCUAUUGAUAUCAAAGUAACAAUUUGAAAUAGUCUAGUUAGAUAAGUCUGUAUUUUUUUUAUGGAACAGAAGAGAAAUUUUAGAACAUGCUAUUAGGUUUUGAAUUCAUGCUUUUGCCAAUUCGAAUUGCUUUACCAUUUAUAAAACAUGUGGUCAAUCUAUUUGAGAUUCUUACUCUUUCAUAAUUCGACACUAAGGCAAUUAUCUUCUGUGGACUUGAUGUCUUAAAAACACUUUUAAAAUUGGGUGUUUAAUAUCUGCUUUUUUAGUACGUGUUGAACACUCAAGGAUUUCUUUUGAUUUUAUUUGUCGAUGGCGUUGAAAAUGCAUAUGCAAUGCUUAAUAAAAUAAAAGUCUUUUAUAAUCAAGUUAAAUUAAUCAGAAUGAUUGAAAGGAUAUAAGAUGUUGAAAAAAUAGAUUCACAUGAUUCCACCUGUUUAAUAUGUUUGAAUGAAUUGGAAAAUGGUAAAAGUUUAUCUUGUGGUCAUAUAUAUCAUAAGAGUUGUUUGAAAACUUGGAUAGCUGGAAAUUCUAAUCAAUUUUGUCCUAAAUGCAAAAAGCCAAUUUAAUUGGAAUAGAACAAAAUUGAAGACAAUGAUUCGAAGACAAAAAAUUUGAAAAAACAAAUAUUAUUGUAAGAAUUGAGUGAGAUUCGAAGCAAUAUUUAAUUAUUAAAGAUUUUAAAUUAAUGUCGAAACAUUUAAAAUCACUUACAGAACAAUUAAGGAAUUGGAAAUGUUUAAUAUGCAUUGCCUUGUGAGGCUUUACAAUAUUAUUCUGGAGUGACAGAAAUCAAGAGAUUGUAAAUUAAUUAUAUGAAUAAAAUUAUGAGUGGAAUAGAUAAGGGAAUAAUUGAAAGUCAUUUAAUACCUAAAUGA